GUCCUUUUAAUUUAGAUAUUAUUUGUUAUUUUUUAUACUUCAAUUAUUGUUUUAUCUUAUGGAUCAGAUUCUCUACGAUAUUUUAUCAUUACUUUCUUUUUAUUCAUGAGCUAGGAGUCUAGUGGAAUAACCUCUCUACUUCUAUAAGAUCCGUCUACUCUUUCCCCUCUUGAGACUCACUUUAAGAGAUUAUAUUGAUCCACAUAACAAUUAUUUUUGAAGAGACCAAAUGAAUAACUUUCCCUUAUAAUUUAUUUUUCAUAAGAGGGUAAAUUUUUUUUUUUUACUUUUUUGAAAGAGAAAACUAAAAAGAUGAGAAGGUAGCUUUGAGGAUCAUUCAUAUCUUGCUCAUCCAUUCUUUUGCCUCGUCUUUCUCAAUACAAUUACAGCUUCACACUACAAAAAGGAUAGUAGAUAAAACUGAAGUAAAUUUCUAAGGCUCAGGUUUCAUCAAGAAAGACAAACAAGGCCCAUAAAGUUGUAACCUUCCACGUAGUAUAUUAUAAAGACAGCUCCCAUUUAUAAUGGCGGAUACUACUAGAACAACAAGCAAGAUUAUUGCUGCUUCUCUUAAAAAAAAUCACCUUGUUUUCUUCCUUUUCCAUUUGCGUGUUUCUUUUUAGUUCCUUCCUCUAGUUGUAUACUGUUUCAACAAGAAACCCAUAGUGAAAAAGACGCAAGUUUUUUUUUAUUACUGCUAGUUUUUGUUCAGUGUUCAUUCAUUUUCUUGAUAUUCUUGAAAACUGAAAUGGCUGUGCCUAUGGCUUCUUGUGGAAGCAUUUCUGGGGUUUAUGCUAACUUAAAUGCAAUUGAGAAAAUACCCAUUUCUUCAAGCCCAGGUCUCUUCAGGAGUUCUUUUGGUUUGGAUCAUGUACAGAAAAUAUGCCUUGUUCCCAAGAGAUUGGCUUUUUCUGAGAGUACAAUUAUUCCAAAAGCAUCCUCAACUGCAGCUGUUGAGGAUGGAAGUUCCCAAGAGACUGUCCCGACGCCCAAAGUCAUAAUAGAUUUGGAUUCGGAUCCAGAAUCAACUGUAGUGGAGGUUACCUUUGGUGAUCGGCUUGGGGCUCUUCUUGACACGAUGAGUGCGCUGAAAAAUCUUGGAUUGAAUGUUGUCAAGGCCAAUGUCUAUCUAGAUUCAUCAGGGAAGCACAAUAAAUUAUGCAUCACAAAUGCUUCUACAGGUAGAAAGGUCGAGGAUCCAGAGCUCCUUGAAGCAAUUCGAUUGACAAUUAUCAGCAAUUUGAUGGAGUUUCAUCCGGAAUCUAGCUCUCAGUUAGCUAUGGGUGAAGCCUUUGGUGCUUAUCAACCAGCUCAAAAGCUUGACGUGGACAUAGCAACCCAUAUCCAUAUCUAUGACGAUGGCCCUGAUCAAAGCUUACUGUGCGUAGAGGCAGCAGACCGGCCUGGAUUAAUAGUUGAUCUAGUCAAGAUCAUUACUGAAAUAAACAUUGACGUCAUAUCAGGAGAAUUUGACACUGAGGGACUGCUAGCUAAGGCAAAAUUUCAUGUAAACUACAAGAACAAAGCUCUCAUCAAGCCCCUUCAACAGGUUCUUGCAAACAGCCUGCGCUAUUACUUGAGGAGACCAACAACAGAAGAGUCGAGUUUCUGAUAGAGCGCAGCAUGAGAGGAUAAGACAAUCAAUUGGUUUAACCAUGCACUUUUUUAACUGUCACAGCAAAACUCAUGCAGAUACAUUCAUGAAAUCUAGAAAAUAUAGUUUCAUUACUGCUCUAACAUUGUAAAAUGCUACCAUCUAUACAUCGUCUUUGAAUAAUUGUUUCUCCAAAAUGGGAAGAGCCAUUUAUCACAGUAUCAAUUAAGGCUUAUCACAGCCCAAUUUCUUGA